AUUUGGAAGUCUACCCACAGUUUCUCCCCAAACCCUCCUCUACUUUUACGAUCUUCUCCUUCACACCGCUAGAUGCUCACAAGCUCUCUCUUCUUCUUCUUCUUCUUCUUCUUCUUCUUCUUCUUCAUCUUGUUCAUCUUAUCUCUCAAUUCGGCUUCUUCCUACUGUUUCUUCUUUCGAUUCAGCUUCCUAUCUCCUUCCUUCCUGUAUGGCGCGAGGUAGAAAGAGGCGGCGGCCAGAGACUGUUGCGGAGCGUGAAAUUACUGAAAUCAAGGAAGGGCGUGGCGAUGGAGGGACUGAAGUUGGAGGCGUUGAUAAUGGAAUUUUGGGCGACGGGGAAAACGAGGUGCAAUGGGGGACGAAGAGAGAAGAGGAGGAUGGAUUGGUUACGGAAGGUGAAGAUGGAAAAACUCUGCGGCGAACUGAAGGGGAGGACAAUGGCGAGGAGGAGAAGGGUUUUAGUGGUGGGGAAGAUGGUAGAUUGGAAUGUGGGGUUUCUAUUACGAGUCCGACUAGGAGUUUGAGGAAGAAGGCGAGAGUUUCGUACAACGAUGAGGUUUACGAGUUUGACGAGUCUGAUGAUGAUGAUAAGAUUCCUUUCAAGAAUUCUGGGCGAAGGGGUAGGAAGAAGAAGGUAUUUUCUUCGAAUCGGAAUGUAUCUGACAAGGAAGACCAACGGAGUCCUAUGGAAGAAGAUGAUAAAGAGGAGAUUCCUUUCAGGAAGCCUGGGCGAAGGGGUAGGAAAAAGAAGGGAUUUUCUUCGAAUCGGAAUGUAUCUGACAAGGAAGACCAACGGAGUCCUGUGGAAGAAGAUGAUGAAGAGGAGAUUCCUCUCAAGAAGCCUGGGCGAAGGGGUAGGAAAAAGAAGGUAUUUUCUUCGAAUCGGAAUGUAUUUGAGGGAGAAGAGCAACGGAGUCCUGUGGAAGAAGCAGACGAUGUUAGGGAGACAAAUUCUGGCGAUUCUGGAAAUAGGAGAGGCUCUUCUAGAAGGAAACGCGGUGGAAAAUAUGCGCAAAGAAAGCAAAUAGUUGUCAAACCGGAGGGCGAGAAAAGAAUCAACAAGUUGGAUCCGGAAUUCAUCGAGAAGAUAUCUUUAAUGUGCCAUCAGUGCCAGAGGAACGAUAAGGGCCGUGUGGUACGUUGUACUAAAUGCAGGAGGAAGCGAUAUUGUAUCCCUUGUUUGCAGAAUUGGUACCCUCAUACAUCAGAAGAGGAAAUUGCAGAAUCUUGCCCAGUUUGCCGUGGGAAUUGUAAUUGCAAAGCAUGUUUGCGUUUAGAUGUUCCUGUUAAAAAUUUAAAGAACAUGGAACCUGAGCUCACAGAAGUCCGCGAGGUUGAGCAUGCAAAAUAUGUACUAAGUAAACUUCUACCAUUUCUAAGAUGGCUAAAUGAAGAACAGAUGUUGGAGAAAAAACAGGAAGCUACAAGGCUAGAUUUGCCUCUUAAUGGUCUGAAGGUGGAGAAGGUAGAUUGUGAAGACAACGAGCGGAUGUACUGCGACAUUUGUAGAACCUCAAUUUUUGAUUUUCAUCGAACGUGUGUUUCUUGUUCUUUUGACCUUUGCAUCAAUUGUUGCCGAGAAAUCCGUGAAGGAGAUAUGCGGUGUUGUGAGAAAAAAAAGAUAAUACCAUAUACUAAUCAAGGAUUUGAGUACUUGCAUGGUGGAGUGAGUAAAAAAGCCAAAGUGCUUGCUGAGUCUUGUCCUAAAGAUGAUGUGGAAUCAGCAUUCAUAUGGAGAGCGGAGAAAGAUGGAAGGAUUCCUUGUCCACCACCCAACUUGGGUGGUUGUGGUAAUGGUUUUCUAGAAUUAAGAUGUAUAUUGGAAGAUUCGAUCUCUGAACUGGUGGAUGAAGGAGAGGAAAUUGCCAAAACCCACAACAUAAGUGAUGUGGAUGAAACUGCAGGAAAGUGGUGCCCAUGCUUUAACUCGGGUGGUGAAAUUGAUCUUGAGAGUGGUGUGUUGAAGAAAGCUGCUUCCAGACAAGGUUCAAGUGAUAAUUAUUUAUAUUGUCCUAGGGGAAGGGAUAUCCAAGCUGGAGAGUUAAAGCAUUUUCAGUGGCAUUGGAGCAAAGGUGAGCCUGUGAUUGUUAGCAAUGUUCUUGAAAAUACAUCAGGUUUGAGCUGGGAACCCCUUGUCAUGUGGCGUGCCUUCCGUCAAAUUACACAUACAAAACAUGGUCAGCAGUUGGAAGUUAAGGCCAUUGAUUGCUUGGAUUGGUGUGAGCUUGAUGUCAAUAUCCACAAAUUCUUUAUCGAUUACACCAAUGGUCAGUUUGAUGCGAAAUUAUGGCCCCGGAUACUUAAACUCAAGGAUUGGCCUCCUUCUAGUCAUUUUGAGAAAUGCUUGCCUCGUCAUAAUGCUGAAUUCAUCAGUUGCUUACCUUUUAAGGAAUAUACACAUCCUUAUAAAGGCAGUCUAAAUCUUGCUGUUAAAUUGCCGGAGAAAUCUCUAAAACCUGAUAUGGGACCCAAGACAUAUAUUGCUUAUGGAGUUGCACAGGAGCUUGGUCGUGGGGACUCCGUUACCAAGCUUCAUUGUGAUAUGUCUGAUGCAGUAAAUGUUCUUACUCAUGUUACCAAUGUCACCCUUGAGCCCAAGCAUUUACAUAGUAUUAAAGAAUUAAAAGAAAAGCAUCUUGCUCAUGACCAAAAAGAAAUUUAUGGUGCCACGACUGAUACUAAUACUGUCGACAAAAGCAAGUCUUGCAAUGACCCUUGUAGCAUGACUGAAAAUGGGAAGGAACUUGCUUGUGAAGUUGGUCAUCAGAACAAUAAUGCAGUCUUGGAGAAUGCAUCUAGCCCUAAGAGAGGUGAUGCUGAAGAGGGUGAUCUUCAAAGUUUGAAUGAACCCAAUGGAACUGACCCUGAUGAGUCUGUAAAGGUAAAUCUAGCUGAAGAAACUUGCGGUGAUGCGAAAAUAUCAGAAGCAAUGGAAAGUUGGGAGGUGCCUGAAGGGGGCGCACUUUGGGACAUUUUUCGUAGGCAAGAUGUCCCCCUGCUGCAGCAAUAUCUCAACAAUCAUUUCAGAGAAUUUAGGCAUAUCCACGCUGGUCCAGUUCCACAGGUGUUUCAUCCAGUGCAUGAUCAGUCAUUUUAUUUGACUUUGGAACACAAAAGAAAGCUCAAGGAGGAAUAUGGAAUUGAACCUUGGACGUUUGUCCAAAAUCUGGGAGAUGCUGUCUUUAUUCCUGCUGGUUGUCCUCAUCAAGUCAGAAACUUAAAGUCAUGCAUAAAGGUUGCUAUGGACUUUGUCUCACCUGAGAACGUGGGAGAGUGCAUCCACUUGACUGAAGAAUUUCGCAGGCUUCCGUCAAAUCAUUGGGCUAAGGAGGACAAGUUGGAGGUAAAGAAAAUGAGCGUUCAUGCUAUGAAAGCGACAAUUGCUUGUUUGAAGGAAAAGUGCAAGUGAUUUGCCUAAUUUAGGAUAUUUCUUAUGAGCCUCGGGGGCGAUCCUGUAACCAGAAGAAUGUGCACAAGGUUUGAGUUGGUAUGUAGGAUGACUAAUCCUGAACUUUUGUGAUACCAACUGUUUUGUAGCAGUAGAACUAUGCCCCAUACAUUUUGUACAAUGAUUCAUUGGCUCUGUUACUCCCUUGUAUGAUAUAAUAGUUCAUCAAUAACUUAUGCCGCUAUGUCAUUUAUCAGCUACGAGAUUCGGGGUAUCGCUUUCGACCCCUUUUUGGCAUUUUUGUAUAGAUAACAUUGCUGCUGCUGCUGCCAUAAUGGGGAAGUCAAAUGACAAGCAUGAUAUGCAUGUUUUGGAA